AUGGGACAGAUUCUAUCUAAUCCAGUAAUAGAUAAGGAACAUCAUUCAGGCGAAGACUUGUUUACGGCUUUUGGUCUUUGUGCCAUGCAAGGAUGGAGAAUGUCGAUGGAGGAUGCACAUAUAGUAGAGCCAAAUGUUUUGCCCGAAAAUGAUAAGGAUUAUAUUGCAUUCUAUACAAUUUUUGAUGGACACGGUGGAUCAGGUGUUGCUCAAUUUGCUGGCGAAAAGAUGACCUCAAUCUUACAAAAACAAAAAUCUUUCCAAAAUGGUGAUUUAUCUAAAGCCUUAAUCGACACUUUUCUAUCUGUUGAUAAGGAAUUGCUAAAGGACCCAAUCUUGAAAAAUGAUCACAGUGGCUGUACUGCAACUACCAUUUUAAUAUCCAAAUUACAAAACCUAUUAAUUUGUGGUAACUCAGGGGAUAGUAGAACUGUUCUUUCCACUGGUGGUCUGGCUAAAGCUUUAUCCUUCGAUCACAAACCAACUUUGACUUCUGAAAAGUCCCGUAUUGUGGCUGCUGAUGGAUUCGUGGAAAUGGACCGGGUUAAUGGUAACUUGGCUUUGUCUAGAGCUAUCGGUGAUUUUGAAUUCAAAUCCAAUGAUAAUUUGAGUCCAUACGAACAAAUCGUUACUUGUGUACCGGAUAUUAUUCAACACAAACUAAAUUAUGAAAAUGAUGAAUUUGUUAUCUUAGCAUGCGAUGGUAUUUGGGAUUGUUUGACAUCUCAAGAGUGUGUCGAUCUAGUACAUUAUGGUAUCAAGAAAGGUGAUAUGUCUUUAAAUGAUAUCGCAUCUCGUAUCAUUGAUGUAUGUUGUUCUCCAACUACAGAAGGUACAGGAAUCGGUUGUGACAACAUGAGUAUCACUAUUGUUGCUUUAUUGAAGGAUGGGGAAUCUGUAGAACAAUGGUUUGAGAGAAUAAGAGCUAAAAAUUAUGAUCGUCCAAUAUCAUUUGAGUUGAAAAGAAAAGUUAUAUAUAAUUAUUAUGAAUUUAAAGACGAUAAAUCUAUAUUUGAUAUCACUACAAAGAAACCACAGGAAAGAUUUAAUCAUGAUUCUAGUGCAGACGACGAUGAAAAUUCCAUGGAGAUUGAUGAUACAGAUGCCGAUGAUAGUGAAGAUGGUAAUAAGAGAACAAAGAAAGGAAAUGAACUUGGCGCAUUCCCAAUUGAAGCAUUGUUAGGUAAUGGAAUACAUUUGACUACAGGUUCAGAUAGUAAUACAUAUAUUACAGGCAAUUUGGUCGAUAUGUUAGCUACAUUUAAAAAGGUGGCAUCAGAAGGCCAGAUUUCAAUAGUUAAUGACGUUGAGGGAAAAGAGGGAGAAGAAGAAGAAGAAGAAAAUAUCGGUAAGGAUGGAAAUGUUAGUUUGAGUGAUAAAAAUAGUAAGGAUAAGGGUACUGAUGAUUCAAAAGAGAAUAAAUCUUCAAAAAGCCAAAACUGA